AUUAACUCAAGAACCAUUCAAUCUAAGCUUUUCAAAUUUUAAUAUGUUGAUACUGAUGACAAAAUGGAGGUCAAAUUUGAAAUUGACGAUUUUCACUUUCAUUAAUCAUCAGUAAUGGUUCUUGUGAUAUUGCCAGGACACAAAUAAAUGUUAAUAAAUCCGGUGUGCUGUCAUUGUGACAGCCUCUUGUUACUUUUUUAUUUGACGUUUAGUUGUGCAAGACAGGUGCCCUUUCAACAUGUUCUGCUUAUUUAAUUUUACAUGCAUCAUGAUUUUCAAACUCUUAUUUUGCGUGCUCGCCUGCUCGGUAUUUUUCAAAUAAAAUUCAAACACUUGGCAGGGAUUGUCAAGAAAUACUUUUUUAAAAGGCGUAAACCAAUUAUAUCAUAUAUGUGUAUACUAAAUCGGGAAUAUCAAGUAAAACAAAGAGUUAGUAAAUACAAGAAGACAGUGACUCAGUCACAAAAGGUUCACAUAAAAGUAUUUAUUUUUCAAGCAACGUUCAUUACAGAAAUUAUUUCACAUUCAACGUGAAAUUAUGUCUUAUUUCACAUUUUUUUCGUGCAAGCACCCCCCUUUACGACCCUCUAUGGUCUGAUUAUAUGUUUUCGUACGUCACAUGCAUGCUUUUUAAAUGGAAAUUGUGACGUUACAAUGCAUUCUCGAUAGUACGAAGAAACCCUGAGUCAAGAAUAAGUCUUACUACACAAAUACAAAUCCUAGUCCAAUAAUUGUUAUGUCUUGAAAUUAAGGCGUCAAAGCAUAAAAUUAUAAUAAUGGGGGGUCCUUCAACUCAAGACGUCAUAAUUAUUUGGACUAUACAAAUCGUUGCGCUGUCUCAGUGUGAUUCAUAAAGGCAAGCCUCACAUCAUUAAAACAGACAUAUAUAAAUAUACCAAAUAAAACAAGACAGACAAAAAAGUCAACAGUGAUGGAUUAUGAUGAACAUGGGGCCUGGCCCAGCCCUUCCCUUUUUUGCACCAAAGAAAGUUAUCACAACUGAUGGUUCAAAAUUUUUGAAAUUUUUAUAUUUUUGUUAAAGGGUCAAAGUAAAUUUCAUUAUGGCUUAUACGAUUUAAAUUAUAAUAGAUAAAAUAACACUCUAAAUCUGUUAAUCACAAAAAUGAUUAUCAAGGCAAGAUCUAUUAAAAACUAAAAAGUCACAUUUUUUUGCUGAUAUAUACCGUAGUUAGAAUCUGUCACUCUUCAAAUGAGUGAUUGCCCUUGAAUGAUGAUUUUUUUCUACCCUCUUUUGUAUUUAGAGCAAAAACUGAGAACAUAGAGAGAAACUAAAAGAUCAGAAAUGACAAAUAUGAGAUCAACAUAGUUGUCAUCAUGGUCAUUCUCAUCUACAAUUUUAGAGAGUGUCCUUUAAUGUUUGAUAUGGACAUAGACAGACCAAGUCAGAUUAGAUACAGACUUAAAAAGCAAGGAUGUUUUCUUACAAACUUUGAAGGAACCUGGAACAAAUAUGUUACCACAUUUUAAAUUAAAGGAAACUUACUUUUUCAACAUAAAAAGAGGAGGGCUGUAUUUUGUUGCUACCUCUGGACAUGAAAUAUCACCUAUUAUGGUUAUUGAAAUCUUAUGCAGACUUUAUAGUAUAUUGAAAGAUUUUUGUGGUACAGUUACAGAGGAUUCUGUUCAAGCCAACAAUUUGCUGAUCUUAGAAAUACUUAAUGAAUUUGCUGAUUCUGGCUAUGUUCAAAUAGCCUCAACAGAGAAGUUACAGCCAUAUAUUCAAUCUCGUCCUGUUAUGGUUAAACAGACUAGAGAAGUCACUAGUGAUAUUACUUCCAGAGUUUUUGGAAUAGAGACAAAAGUAUCUCCUGGUUCAUCCUCCAUUAGAUCUGUAGUCAUGUCACCUGUAACUGAUACGGAUUCUAUUAAAAAUGAAUUAUAUAUUGACAUCAUUGAAAAGCUUACUGCUGUUAUAAAUGCUAAUGGAACUGCGUCCACUUUGGAAGUUUCAGGUGAAAUGAUUGUGAAAAAUUUUGUUAAUGGGACUCCACAAAUUAAAAUAGGAUUAAAUGAAGAUUUGGAUAUUCUUGAAGGAAAAAGUAAAGGCUAUGGUGACCAUGUGCAACUAGAUAAAUGUAACUUCCACCCAUGUGUUAAAUUAGAAGAAUUUGAAUCAUCAAAAGUAAUUGUCAUGGUUCCUCCUGUGGGUGAGUUUUCAGCCAUGCUUUACAGUACCAGUGGAGAAAUAGCAUUAAAUGUGCCAUUCAGAGUUCUAGCCUUUAUAGAUGAUGCUGAAAAUAGUAGAGACAAAAUACUCACACUACGAUUAAAAAAUGAGCUACCAUCAAAUUAUAAUGCUGUCAAAGUUAUCAUUAGACUGAAAAUACCAAGAUGUGUUAGUAGAAUGUCUCAGCAAUUAAAUGAACCAGAUCAAACAGCAGAAUUAACAGAAAAUAAUGAAAUAGUAUGGACCAUCAAGAAAUUUCCUGGCAGAGCAGAAUAUGUAGCAAAUUUUAGAUUGAUAAAUAGUACAAGUUCAGAGAUAAAGAAAUAUGAUAUAGGUCCUAUAAGAAUGGAUUUUGAGAUAUCUGGAUACACAAGUUCUGGACUUCAAAUAAAAGGUCUCAAAGUUCAGGAAAUAGGAAAAAAAAUAAACUUAAACAAAUGGACAAGACUAAUAACUGUUAGUGAUUCUUAUGUUAUUAAAUUAUGGCCUUGAAUUUGCAAUAAAUUAUCAAACAAUG